AUGUUGCUCAAUGGCCAGUCGGUCCUCUGCAUUGAGAGCGUCGUCGUCCAAUGCCACCCUCAACAGCGCCGCCCAAGCAUGAACAUCAGGCUCUCCUGGUGGAGCUUCACACUUGCCCGACUGCGCGCUCUUAGCCUUGUCAGCGUACUGCUUCGUGGCAUCGAGCACGGCUUGAACGUAGGGGCAGGCUUUGGGGAGUAUGCACGUCACGAAGCAGGCGGCCUGGAGUUCUCUUACUUCAAGAGAGUUCUUGAGGCACAACCUGGCGAUGAGACGUACGGCCUUUGCCAUGUCCUUCUCCGUCCCCACUGCGACACGCUUAGCCAUCGGCCUUGCCGCAGGAGGGCCGAGCUCCCAAGCAUCCAUCGUGAAGCAGACGGGUUGCAAGCUACGUGGCUCACUAUAGCUGCUCUUGGCGCCUGGGCCCAGCAACAUGUUGGACCACGUGGUCCCACAAUUGUGACAAUGCUGUAUCACUGGGAACUUCCGGCUCGAACACCCCAGCACUACCACUGCCAGUGCACUGCAAUCGGUUCGCCUAAUGUCCUCGCUUCUGUGGGAGCGGAAGGGCAGCUGCGGAUCUGGGACGCCCGGGGCCAGCCUACCUUCCAGUGGGGCUCGCCGGGGCGAGGGCCGAUAACGUGCCUCGCGCCAGUUGGUGAGGACGGACUCCUCGUUGCGGGCCAAGGCCUUAAUCCGUCUCUGCUGUCCUUGAACUACAGCAAGGCACUCGACCGCCUACCAGAAGCUUUCGCUCGCAUGAGCCUCGCAAGAAGGAGGCCUUCCGAAAGCCUCGAAGGAGCCGGCCCGGGGCGACAUACGGAUCUGCGCAGGCGACAACCUAGAGCAUCGCGGCAGCCGUCAGUCGAGGUUGGCGAAUUCCGCGAGUCUCGUGGAGCUUUCGAUCGAUGCCGCAAGCCCAAGGCUGUCCCUUUGGGAUCCUCGGGGUCCACGCACCGAUCACUCCUGUGCGGCCUGCGGCGCUAG